AUGCAAGUCCCUGAUCCUGAACGACAAUCUCCACAUCCUAAUCCAAUGACUAGCUCAAGAGUGUCUCAAGUGGUUACUCAAGAGGUUGAAGUUCUCCAUCUCCUUAAAACACUGAACAUAGGCAAGGUAUCUGGGCCGGAAAAGAUAAGAAUAUGUGAGAGUGUUCUUAGGACUAAGGAGAAGUGUUUUCUUUCCAGGAAGCACGGCUGCUACCGCUGCCUGGUCAUCCAUCAGCAACACUACAACGUUCUUCAAUAUAAGGAAACAUACUGCGACCAGACCAACUCCCUGGCGUACGUCUGCUCCCUGCUGACGGGCGACGCGCAGCUCCACUCCAUGUUCCGCCUGUCUGCGGAACCUGUCCGGUGCCCCUUCCCCUACACCUACACCUUCACGUACAACCGCGGCCACGCUGAGUGCACCUACCCGCUCAGCACCGUCGACUCCUGCACCGAGGACUGGCGGAUACUCUUCCGGUACCAGGCAUGUCCCGAUAUACAAGGAACCGAGAGUACAACUGGGGAUUACCUGUUGAUUGUUGGUAAUUAUCUGGUGAUUAUUGAUGAUUAUCUGGUAAUUAUUAGUGAUUAUAUUGAUGAUUAUCUGGUAAUUAUUAGUGAUUGUCUUGGUGAUUAUUGGUGCUUAUCACCACAAAUCUGGUACCAGUGCUUCGUGUACAAGUCUUGGGACAACAACACUGCCUCCGGUAUAAUGAUGGCCCAGAGUGGGGACGCCACCUGCAAUGGUCUCUACUCCGUGACGGGGGGCUCCAUGACCCUCGUUCUCAGGAGAGUGGACACGAGCGGUAGCAAGUGCAGGUUCCCCGUGUGGUCCAACGGGCCCAAGUGGAGGUCCCUGGACGGCCACACCACCCUGGACGUGAACCGCCACAACUCCACCCUCAAGCUCACCAGUCACGCCCACAGCGGCCCCGUCACUCACGCCUGUCUCGAACCCUUCGCCCACACCAAGCACUCCGCCACCUACGUCACCAGGGUCAUAUAUGGAUGCACCUCGGGUUACCAGUGCGUCCACAUGCUGGCCCGCGACGACCAUGUCUUGGAGAUUAUCAUGGGUAAGGUCACUCCGGUGGCCGUGGCUGCCUGCUCCCCGCAGUACUUCGACAUCUCCUCCAACAACUUCACCACCUUCGUCAGAAGCACGGCUGAGAGCCGACAGUGCCCGGGAACGGGGCGUUACGAGGUGGUUGGCGGCGGCAGCGUCGGUGUGGACAUCCGGGCCUCCGCGGUGGCGUCCACGUCGCGGAGUGGCGGCGGCGGUAGCGGGGGCAGUGUGGCAGGCGGGGGCGGGCUGGGUGUCCCUGGCGGGGGCGGCAGCGGCGGCGAGCUCAUCCCUGGCCACCACAGCUCCGAGUGUGAGGACCUGCCCUACACCUCCCUCUCCGUCGGCUGCUCCACCACCGACACCCUCGUCAUCAGUAACCGCUGCUCCUCUGCAGAGUACUCGUGUCACGGCUGGUGGGAGGAGGGCGGGCGGCAGUACCUGGUAGUGACGCCCAUCUCACGCAGCAGUAAGGGCUUCCGCCACCUGUGUCUGGUGCUGGACCACGGCUCCGGCGUCCUCUCCCUGGCCUCCUCCACCCUCUCCUGCGGCAGGGACCUCACCCCAGGCCUCCACGGCCACAUCGCCCUCAACACCACCAGUGUUGGCGGGUGCAGGUCCAGUCCCCCAAUAAACGGGGGUUGCAGGCUGGUGCCGUCGGUGUGGGUGCUGCUGGUGGUGACGGCGCUGCUGGCGCUGCUGGCGCCAACGUCAGCGUCGCCCUCUGGCGUGGUGGUGGCGUGGUGGUAACCUUCUCACCGUAGCCGGAGAAAUCACACCAGUUCAGUGUGUGUUGUGGAGCGAUAAUCACAAUUACAGUGAAAUGGCUGUGCAGGAAUCACAUUGGCCAAGAUCAUUGUCCAAGAAGUGAACAAUAGGUCUUAGUGAGGCAUAGUGAUUUAUGGAAGAGAAGAUAACAAAAAACACUUAGAACUGCUAAUAAUAAUAAUUAUGUGUAUUGAAGUUUAGAGUGAUAGUAGCAUUACUAGUGUUAAUUUCCGUCUGGUAGGUUGGAGAGCCUGUGUGUGUUACCGUAGAACUGCCCUUGUCUACAGCAGGUGUAGCAGCCGACCUGUGUUGAUACACUCGACGAAUACCAGUCCCGAUGGUGUCUCGCUGUCAUCAUGUACCAAAGAUAGGCUUUUAAUAUACCUGUAGCAAGCCAGGUUCGCAACGAGUCCCAGCACCAAUGAUGGGCCGCUGGUGGGUUGUGCUCGCCUCCGCCAGGAGCACCGACCCCCCAGCCCACCUCUCGCCCUCGACCUCUUGGGCGUCCUGGAGACUGCGCACCUGACUUGCCUCUCGUGUGACCGUCAGCUCGGGGCCCGGUCCCCUCUCCAACACCCACACGCACACUAAUCCAACUCAAAUAAUUGGCAGUUCAAGCAAAUAGUGAAACUAUACGAAGCAAAGUUCAGUGAAAGUGUGUGUGUUUUUGUUUGUGUUGGCAGAACUGGAAGGUGGAACCAGGCACUGAGCUGUUCAUGAAUGGAGUGGUAGUUAGUGAGCUUGUGGUAGUUUGUGGACACUUGAACGAGCCUCUGGGGAGCGUCUGUCGGCCCCAGAAGAUCAACACCACUGAUACAUUGGUGACUUACCACGUGCUAACGACAGGAAGCCAUUAAACCUAGUGAUUAUUAGUGGCAACAAAAUGUGACUAUGUGUGUGCUCCGUGAUGAUGCGUGACACUGUUCCUCUACCACUAGACUCUUACCAAUCUUGUGUGUCUGCAAAUAUUAUCAUGUAUGUAAAUAAGCUCACUCAAACAAACAUGUCUUAACAAAUAGUGAACUCAGCGAGAAGCUUAUACAGUAAGAGGAAUGGUAGGGAGUCUUGAGCGCCUUCAACCAUGCGGACGGGAUUACGCAAAGAAAAAUAAGGAUUCUCAUAAUUAUAGUUUUUUCCUUUUUUGGAAUUGAACCUCGAGAAUUUCCGUAUUAUAAUCCAGUAGAAGCCGUCCGAGGAGCAUAGUCGAACACACGCUGAGUGCCCUUUACUGAGCACAACUGGUGCCACUUGCUGACUGUAGAUGGCUACCCUGUGUGUCACCAGCCAAUAAGAAGCUGCCGUUCCCAGGAGCCCCGCGGUGAGUUUGACUUGGCACCCUGAGAAAGAGCAUAGAAAGAUACCUUAUAAGACGCAAAAGUCUGUGCAGAGUAACCUGGACAAUGGUUCCCUGUAGUGAGUUCAGACAGUCUAGUUUGGAGAGACAAUUGGUGAGCCCCUGAGCGAGCAUGAUGGGACGGUCUAUUCAAUAAGCACGUCUGGGUAUCCUGUAAGAUAUCCAGAAUUUGAUCGUAACUGUUUGCAAAAAAAGAUACGUUACUUCGAACAUUCAAAUGAGUUGAACUGUCAGAAUUAAUAUUACUGGAACUCUGCAGUGAGCAUAGGAAGAUGCCCCUGAACAGGCAUGAGAGGGUGCCCUUGAGCAAGCAUAGAAGGGUGCCCUUGGGCAAGCAUAGAAGGGUACCCUUGAGCAAGCAUAGAAGGGUGCCCUUGAGCAAGCAUAGAAGGGUGCCCUUGAGCAAGCAUAGAAGGGUGUGCCCUUGAGCAAGCAUAGAAGGGUGUGCCCUUGAGCAAGCAUAGAAGGGUGCCCUUGAGCAAGCAUAGAAGGGGGGUGCCCUUGAGCAAGCAUGUCUGGGAACCGUAGUGUAACUAGGUGCCCCUGAGCGAGCGUGCACCAGAGGCCCGGGAACGAGCACUAGCUAAUGCUCCAGAGAGGGUAGGGCAGCGUGACCAGUGAUAUACAUGUGCAGUACGGUGGAGCCACUUAUUAAUAUUUACAUGUAGGAGGGUGUUUAUGUUUUGAAUGCCUGUUUGAUAAAGCACUUUUAUUAGCUGUGAUGCAGAAAGCAAAGCAAGUGAUUUCUUUUCAUAGUUGAAUUAUAUUAUUUGCUCGAGUGUUAACAGGAGCCAUGUUUGUGUACAAAAGUAGAGCUUUAUCGGACAGAAAGUUUACAACACACACACACACACACACACACACACACACACACACACACACACACACACACACACACACACACACACACACACACACACACACACACACACCUGGUGGAGAUGGCGUGUCACAGACUACAUGGCUCACUCCAAUAUCUUGCAGAAAUGAAUGGAUAUGAGUGCUUGUUUAAACUGCAAACUUACGAGAGCAUUGCAGUGUCACCUUGACGUGGAAGCUGCCCCUGACCAGCAUACUGCAGCUGCACAAGGUCACGGGAAUGUUGCGUCUGGGGGUUCCUGUGGUAGGCGGGUGCCAAGCACGGGUGAGUCUGUGUAUCUGAGGACCCCGUCUGUGGGGACACUUGUGGACCCUCUUCUGUGGAAUUUCUAUGGACCCCCAUAUAAUGGGACACCUGUGAAUCACUUCUGAGGGACUCCUGUGCCUCACAUUCGUGGGACAUCUGUGGGACACCAGCCCCACCACCUCUGUAAUAUAAGCAGUGACGAUGAACCAAAGUGGCCCUCCAGCAGUUACUCAAGGGACCACUAAUGUAGUUGGACAUGUGUUUGCUUCUUAAACCAGCUGUUGCCCUGGGUGUCGUGUGCUGAGUGGGUGUACCUAGUGUACCUGCCACACUCGCGCGGGUGUAGACGUGUGUGUAUGCCAGCUGAGUACGUGUGAGUAUAUUACACAAGUUGUUAUAUGUUAUGCAGAGUAGUAUAAGCUGUGGAUAAUGUUAAAUGUUGUGGGUGAGACGGGAGGCUCUGGCCGGGUGGAAGGUGGGGGACUUUGGCCUUGACCUAACUUGCUCUAUAUAGAGUUUUAGUACCUCUCUCUCUCUCUCUCUCUCUCUCUAUUAAUAUUUUUGGUUUUUGGUACUGUGAUGAACCGGUUUAUCCUUACGUGGUAAUGUGUCUACUUAUGGUGGGGAGACUAAGACCAACAGCUGCGAGAGUCGGCAACAUCUCUCCUGAAUACAUCACAAAACAUCCGCUGUUGUAGAAGGUCUUAGCCAGCCAGAGCGCCUCACUCAGAGAGACCGUGAUUGUGGCGACAACCUUUAGAUCUGAGUGACAGAUUCUUCGUCUUAGUAAAUAAUAUGGUGGGUGUGGAGCGCCCGUUGUUGUCUAGGGUGUAGCUGGCCCUAAUGCUCAAGUGUGGUCCUCCUCUUUCUUUACCUUGUGUUCUCUUCAAGUAACCAGUCAUGUCUCUACUCUCUCUCUUCUGUCCUUCGUGGCAUUUUGGCAUCGUUGCUUUCUCUUCUCCGCCGCUAUUUCUUCCUCUUUCUCCUUCUCUUCUCGUUCUCAUCCUCCUGCUCUCCUCCCUUAAUCUGAUAUAUUCCUCCCAUAAGUAUAUCCCUCCCAUAACCUGAUAUAUUCCUUCCUUAACCUGGUAUAUUCCUCCCAUAACCUGGUAUAUUCCUCCCAUUACCUGGUAUAUCUCUCCCAUAACCUGAUAUAUUCCUCCCUUAACCUGGUAUAUUCCUCUCAUAACCUGGUAUAUCCCUCCCAUAACCUGAUAUAUCCCUCCCAUAACCUGAUAUAUCCCUCCCAUAACCUGAUAUAUUCCUCCCUUAACCUGGUAUAUUCUUCUCAUAACCUGAUAUAUUCCUCCCAUAACCUGAUAUAUCCCUACCAUAACCUGAUAUAUCCCUCCCAUAACCUGGUAUAUUCUUCUCAUAACCUGAUAUAUUCUUCCCAUAACCUAAUAUAUUCCUCCCAUAACCUGAUAUAUUCCUGCCUUAACCUGAUAUAUUCCUUCCAUAACCUGAUAUAUUCCUCCCAUAACCUGAUAUAUCCCUCCCAUAACCUGAUAUAUCCCUCCCAUAACCUGAUAUAUUCCUGCCUUAACCUGAUAUAUUCCUCCCAUAACCUGAUAUAUACUGUGGUGAACCGCCUCACUGACGGCCCUGGUUCACGCCCACACAUCCAAUACUUCAAGUAAUAUUUACAUGUCUUAAAGAACCACCUGGGAACAUAGACUGGUGGUAGAGGACCUCCUUGGCCUCGUUACGAGUCCGUCAGUAGUUGGUGGGAGUCACUCAAGACUUGUAACAGUGUACCACCGUCUUCUACUUUGUCUUGAAGGGCAAAGGACCCUUAUUUCUGUCUCCCGAUUCAAUCGAGAUUAUUAAUUACUAUAAACAGCCAGACAUAGAGACAUGAGAGAAUGAAAUCACAUUGAGAAAUGAUAGAAGAUAUUUUCAGUUCACAAUAAAUUAUUUAUUAUUUAAUCUAUUUAAAGAUCACAUAUUUAACUCAAAAUUAAACCAGGGGACAUUUUCCUGCCUAGAAUCUCUGGUAUUAAUUAAUAAGUCCCGAAAUUAAUUAUGGAAUUAGUAGUUUCUUAUUUACAGGACACGGGGGGGGGGGGGGGGGGGGGGUUCUACCAGGAUACACUCCACACCGAAUUCCUUCUUAAAUGUAAGUCUACGCUAAUAAACACCACACCCUCUCCCCUCCGUACCUUUUUUCAGGCAAGCAGCCACCAUAAUGCUAAAGACUCUCCCAUAUUGUCUCUGAUGGAACACCGAGGCUCGCCCUCUUCAGGAGAGGCCCUUUCCUUACGAGGCUGAGUCUUGGUGUUCCAUAUACUGUUACAGGUACUCCUCGGCCUAGCCCUGAUGAUCAACCUAGGCCUGGCUUGGGUUAGCCAAUCCCA